GUCUUAAUUACAUUUCUGUCUUUCUGCUUCAGGGUCUGAAGUGUAGCAGACUACAGUUUUGGGAGUACACCAAGAAACAUGGCAACUCAAGCUGAUUUAAUGGAGUUGGAUAUGGCAAUUGAGUCCGAUAGAAAGGCAGCUGUCAGUCACUGGCAGCAACAGUCAUACCUGGAUUCCGGUAUCCACUCUGGUGCCACAACAACAGCUCCCUCUCUGAGUGGCAAGGGAACCCCAGAAGAGGAAGAAGUUGAUACCACCCACGUUCUAUACGAAUGGGAACAGGGAUUCUCUCAGUCCUUCACUCAGGAACAGGUUGCUGAAAUUGAGCGACAAUAUGCUAUGACCCGAGCACAGAGAGUGCGUGCUGCCAUGUUCCCUGAAACAUUGGAUGAAGGCAUGCAAAUCCCAUCAACACAGUUUGAUGCUGUUCAUCCAACAAAUGUACAACGACUUGCUGAACCUUCCCAGAUGUUAAAACAUGCUGUGGUUAAUUUGAUAAACUACCAAGAUGAUGCAGAGCUUGCAACUCGUGCCAUCCCAGAAUUGACCAAAUUGUUAAAUGAUGAGGACCAGCUGGCAAUCUUCAAAUCAGGAGGUAUUCCUGCUCUGGUUAAAAUGCUUGGGUCUCCAGUGGAUUCUGUGCUUUUCUAUGCUAUUACUACUCUGCACAAUCUUCUGUUGCAUCAGGAAGGUGCCAAAAUGGCUGUCCGUCUAGCUGGAGGUCUACAAAAAAUGGUUGCCUUGCUCAACAAGACAAAUGUUAAGUUUCUGGCCAUUACAACAGAUUGUCUUCAGAUUCUUGCAUAUGGUAAUCAAGAAAGCAAGCUAAUUAUUUUGGCAAGUGGUGGACCCCAGGCUCUAGUAAACAUAAUGAGGACUUAUACCUAUGAGAAAUUAUUGUGGACCACAAGUAGAGUGCUGAAAGUGCUAUCAGUCUGCUCUAGUAACAAACCAGCAAUUGUUGAAGCUGGUGGAAUGCAAGCUUUGGGACUCCAUCUUACAGAUCCAAGCCAACGUCUUGUUCAGAAUUGUCUCUGGACUCUAAGAAAUCUCUCAGAUGCUGCAACUAAGCAGGAAGGCAUGGAAGGUCUUCUAGGAACACUUGUGCAGCUUUUGGUAUCAGAUGAUAUCAAUGUUGUGACCUGUGCUGCUGGCAUCCUUUCUAAUCUUACUUGCAAUAAUUACAAGAAUAAAAUGAUGGUGUGCCAAGUUGGUGGAAUUGAGGCUCUUGUGCGCACAGUUCUCCGUGCUGGUGACAGGGAAGACAUCACUGAGCCAGCUAUCUGUGCCCUCCGCCACCUCACCAGUCGGCAUCAAGAAGCUGAAAUGGCCCAAAAUGCAGUGCGUCUUCAUUAUGGUCUACCAGUGGUGGUUAAGCUCUUGCAUCCACCAUCCCACUGGCCUCUUAUAAAGGCUACUGUUGGCUUGAUCCGCAAUCUUGCUCUCUGUCCAGCAAAUCAUGCUCCAUUGCGUGAACAAGGUGCAAUACCAAGACUAGUGCAACUGCUAGUUAGAGCACAUCAAGAUACCCAACGACGUACUUCAAUGGGUGGUACACAGCAGCAAUUUGUGGAGGGUGUCCGUAUGGAGGAAAUAGUUGAGGGCUGCACUGGAGCCCUUCAUAUCCUGGCUAGAGAUGUCCACAAUCGGAUUGUAAUUAGGGGUCUAAAUACUAUCCCACUGUUUGUGCAGCUGCUAUAUUCCCCUAUUGAGAACAUCCAGAGAGUAGCUGCAGGUGUACUAUGUGAACUGGCUCAAGACAAAGAAGCAGCUGAAGCAGUUGAAGCAGAGGGAGCUACAGCACCAUUAACAGAACUACUUCAUUCUAGAAAUGAGGGUGUGGCAACGUACGCAGCUGCAGUAUUGUUUAGAAUGUCUGAAGAUAAACCACAAGAUUAUAAGAAACGGCUGUCAGUGGAAUUGACCAGUUCUCUCUUCAGGACUGAACCAAUGGCUUGGAAUGAGAGUGCUGAUUUGGGACUUGACAUUGGUGCCGAAGGAGAACCUCUUAGUUAUCGGCCAGAUGAUCCUGGCUACCGUUCUUUUCACUCUGGAGGAUAUAGGCAGGAUGCCUUGGGUAUGGACCCAAUGAUGGAACAAGAAAUGGGUGUCCAUCACCCUGGUGCUGACUACCCAGUUGAUGGGCUACCAGAUCUAGGACAUGCCCAGGACCUUAUGGAUGGGCUCCCUCCAGGUGACAGUAAUCAGUUGGCCUGGUUCGAUACUGACCUGUAAAUCAUCCUUUAGCUGUAUUUUCUGACCUUGCAUUGUGAUUGGCCUGUAGAGUUGCUGAGAGUGCUGGAGGGGUGGGCUGGUAUCUCAGAAAGUGCCUGACGCACUAGCCAAUCUGAGUUUCCUAUGGGAACAACUGAAGUAAACUUUUUGUUCUGGUCCUUUUGGCCAAGGAGGAACUAAUGGAUUUGAGGAGUGACUCAUGGAAUAGAAGAAUGCACGAGAAUGAAUCACAAGAUGGAAUUUAUCAAACUCUAGCCUUGCUUGUUUAAAACUAUUUUUAAUUUUUAAAUAACUAAUGGUACUGACCUUGCUUGCUUUCAGA